CCACUGUAAAAAGCUCGCUUAUAGUACCCGUCAUAACUAGGCAUACAAUAUCUAUAUAGUCUUAUCUUAUCAUUUCCAUUGCGAAAAUUCCCUGGAACGCUUGAACGCUUAUCUUACUUUUGCUCAGAGACUAAACGGUUGGCACUAAGCGAUGGUAAUGCCAGCCGCUUAGUUUAACGAAGACCGACAAAGAUAUCUUAUUAACUUUUAGUAACGACUCGUGUUUUAAAAAAGUACAACGAAAUACUUUCAUUUAAUUUUUAAAUUCCAGUUCCGAAGUAUUAUUACAAAAUGCAUUUAGUGAAAAAGAGUGCAACGUAUUUGGUGAUCUUUCUAGUUCUGCUUGCCUUCUGCACACAGGAAUCGGAGGCAACCAGACGUGUGAUGCGUGGACGUAGAACACUGACACGACGCUACUUUACUGGUUUGGCUAUUCCCGGCUGGCUACUAGCCGUCCUCAUAGGCAUUGGGGAACUCAUACUUGGCGGUGCGCUUUAUUUGGCCAUGAAUCGCUUGAUACUUGCCAAGCCAGUACAAGAAACCAAUACAUAUACGCCAGCGAAACAACAAGAAGUUUAAACGAAAAUAUCGAAUUCUACAUUUAAAAAAUAAAUGUGCAGUGAAAAUACUUGCAAAAACAACAACACAUACUUGUAUAUACAUGGACACACUUAUUUGUGAAGACAAAAACUGUAAAACUUAUAUGGGAAACAUCAUAGCUAAUCGAGUGACUGCUGCAAACGACCUGAUAUAUUUCUAGUGUAUAUCAUUAGCAUUACAACAACAUUCAUUCUUUUUUUGUAAUUAAUAACUGAUAUUGACAAUAGCAGUAAUCUACAUAUCCAUUACUACCGCUGCAAAGAAAGUGCACUCAUUUCGAUUGUUCUUUCUUCUUUUUUUUGACAAAAUCAUAAUAAACGAUCGAACUAAA